AUGAGCAGAGCGCUUCUCCACCCCCUGCUCCAGCUCAAGGCACCCGUCGUGUCGCGCCUCGCGUCGGCCCUGGCGCUGUCCGUCGUUCAGCAACGGGCCUUCAACACCUCGGCACCCAUCAUCGAGCCUGUGCCGAAGCAGCAGCCGCAGCCGCAGCCGCAGAAGCACAAGCCCAAAAGGAAGGCUGCCAUCCCGCCGGCCGUCGUCCAUCAGCAGCCGCCGAAGCAAAGGCACGAGAAGAAUGCCGCCAACCCGACAGACAGCCAGGUCAGGCCCCUCGCCUUCAAGAAGAGCCAUCCCGCCCGGCCGCCCAGGCCGGUGGAAAACUCGGUCGAGAAGCUCCUCCCCUUGCUCGUCGCCCAGCCGGGCCACUACAUCACCGUCCACAUCCACGGCUUCCCCUACCUCGUCCAGGAGGGCGACCAGGUCCGCCUGCCCUUCCGCAUUCCCGGCGUCCUCCCCGGCGACGUCCUCCGCCUCGACCGCGCCAGCGUCAUCGGCAGCCGCGACUACACAAUGAAGGGCGCGCCUCAUAUAGACCCGGAGCUGUUCCAGUGCCGUGCCACAGUGCUGGGCACCGAGUCGGAGCCCCUGCGCAUCAAGCUCAAGACGAAGCGCAGGCAGCGCAAGGUGAAGAGGGUCAAGAGCAAGCAUCGCUACACGAUCCUGCGGAUAUCGGAGCUCCGCGUCCAGAAAUCGGGCAAAGCCACGGGUCAUCAUAUUGAAAGUGUGGCAAAGGAGACGACGGCUCCCCAAAGACCGGCUGCUUAG